UUGUCCGUAGAAUUUUGAAAGAAGCAAAGGGAAACAUAACAAUCUACAUGAGGGAAGGCGAUAAUGAUAAACGAAUUGUACCGUUUUUCCGGGAAGCUUCUAUUUUUAGCAAUUUUCAUCCAGUAACUUUUACUGUUGCUUCUCGUGAAUUUUGUUGCAAUGAACAAUUCUUUCAUUAUUGCAAGGCAAUCUCUUUCGGUGAUCGAGCAAUUGCAGAGAAAAUAAUGCAGACAAAAUCCCCAAAAUCUCAAAAAUUUUUGGGAAGACGAGUAGAAGGAUUUGAUCCUUCUCAAUGGGAGCCUAUUUCUAUUUUAGCAAUGGUUAUUGGAUUGAUGAGAAAAUUUCAACAAAAUCAGUCAAUCCGCAAAGAUUUAUUAGCUACAGGGGAUGCUGAGUUAAUUGAAGCUAGUCCUUUUGAUGCAAAAUGGGGAGCUGGAAUAGGAGCAAAUCAAAUAAUUGCGGGGGAGGAUUGGGAAGGAACUAACUUUUUGGGUAAGAAUUUGUUUUACACUUGACAAUUUUUGGCACUAAUAUGGAAAUUAGAAGAAAUCUUACGUUACUAAAAUGGGAGGUUUUCUUAGAAGGAAGUAACUUCUACUUUCCAUAUGAGGGGUUGCCUCUUAAGCCAGAACAUGAAAAAUUUUAAAAACAUUGAUCUACAUGGAUCACUUAUGGAGAUUUGAAUAUACACGUGUCUACAAAUUCUCUCCAAUUACAGUCUCCUUUUCUAUUUAAAAUUUCUUCAAAAUAUUAAAAAUUCCCAAAUUAUAAGCAUUCUAAAAAAUCAGACACAAAAAAAAUAUUUUUCUACUCAAUUUUAGGCCGUACUUUAAUGGCUGUUAGAAAUCAAUUACUUUCUCCAAACAAAGAAACCUCUGAAGCUCCACCAGUCAAUUCUUUAAGUUCCUCUCCAAUUACUGAAUUUGCUACAAAUAAAGAACUUUGUUUGGCUACUUCUCUUAUUAAUGAUUUUGGAAUUGUUUUGAAAUGAAAAAAAGAAAAUU